AUGUCGAAAACGACGAUUGUGUUUUACAACAUAAUUAAUGACAAGGAGGACAAGAACUCGCAAAACGUUUUUUACAUCCCCAAACCGAUAAAUUCGAUAACCUUACAAGACAUACGAAAUGGGUUUCCCUUGGUUGGUACUUACCACUUCAGAUUUAAAAUAAUCCAUAACAACAACCCUGCUUGGGUAGACAUUAGUGAAGAAUCCUCGCCAAUCCCCAGUUUGAAUUCCUGUAUCUACGCGAAGGUUUUACGCCUCAGCUGGAUGGAUCACAAGCAGACAAAGAAAGCUCAUGACAGAAAACUUCUCGAAGAAGGUGUACCGAAAUUGUGCAAAAAUGAAAAAAAUAUCUUCGACAUAAAAGAAAACAAACGAGAUGAUCAUGUACAGAUGAGUAAGACCAAGGGUAACAUCGAUAUGCUACUAUUUGAAAGCACUCCCAACAAGACUAUGCACGUGGACGUGGGCAAUCGGAAAGAUGGCGCCAAGGACCAAAAUUACCUCGACUUGAUGUUCAAUUAG